CUUAAAAACCCUAGCAGUCCCUUCCUUGCAUCUUUACGUCUCGAGCUUCGUUUACCGCUCGCAACUUCGACUCUGCAAAAAUGGCUUCAGAGAAGAAGCUAUCAAAUCCUAUGCGGGAUAUCAAAGUCCAAAAGCUUGUUCUUAACAUCUCUGUUGGUGAAAGUGGUGAUCGUCUUACCAGAGCCUCUAAGGUGCUCGAACAACUCAGUGGCCAAUCUCCGGUCUUCUCCAAGGCACGGUACACCGUUCGAUCAUUUGGGAUCCGACGUAACGAAAAGAUUGCGUGUUAUGUGACCGUGAGGGGCGACAAAGCCAUGCAGCUUCUUGAGAGUGGUUUGAAGGUUAAGGAGUAUGAGCUGUUGCGCCGGAACUUCAGCGACACUGGCUGCUUUGGUUUUGGAAUUCAGGAGCAUAUUGAUCUCGGAAUUAAGUAUGACCCUUCCACGGGUAUUUACGGCAUGGACUUCUAUGUUGUUCUUGAACGUCCAGGUUACCGUGUAGGUCGCCGCCGUAGAUGCAAAUCAACUGUUGGAAUUCAGCAUAGAGUCACCAAAGAGGAUGCCAUGAAGUGGUUCCAAGUCAAAUAUGAAGGAGUUAUUCUCAACAAAUCUCAAAAUAUAUCCUAGAAAGAUAGUGUUAGCCUAAACUGUGAUUGUAGUUUUAAGAAUAAGAGGAGACAGAAGGGAAGAAGCAAGAAGAAAGAAAUGGAAAACUUGGUUGGGGAUUGACAACCUGGGUGUUCUUCAUUUCAUGGGGUUCAUCAUUAAACAUUUGGGUCCCAUCCACACAACGCUUACGCUAUUUGAAGCAAAGGGGGUUCCCAUAACAACCAUUCCAUAAACAAAAUGGCCCCUCCUUCCAACUCUACAUCUAUCACUUUUUCUCUCCCCUUGUAAUUCCCUACCCAUUCCCCUAUCUUAUCUUUCGAUCCAUCUUCUCUGUGGACCCUUAUUCGAACAAGCUUCUUAUUUUGUCAUUCAAAUCCAAAUGGUUUAAGACACAAUCUUUCUUUACCUUCAA